UCAAUGCCAAGUGCUGACGUACACAUGUAUUCCGUUCAGUUUGAAUAUUCCGGCUUCUUCUUUUGACAAAAUUCUAACCAAAUUAAACUAUGUAAUGAUGAGGAUACACCGGUUGCUGAUGAACAAGUGCUCCUGCUACGGUCAUGUGCUGCAGCGAUCGAUGAGGGUUCCCAGGCGAACUCCGAGCCCAGCGGGGAAUCACGGAAGAGCUCCCCUCCAGGUGCGACAUAGCUUCCAGGCUCCGCGGAAAGAGGAUAAUAGUCCGGGUAGAUCACUGGACCUCGAGCUGGACUUCUCCGUGGCCAAGGAUGAACCGCACCAGGUGUCCCUGCCCCUGAUGGUAUAUGUCUACAGUCCGCUGAGUCGCCUGGCCACCAAGUUGUCCCUGCUCCGGCUGAAAUUCAUGUGGGAUUGGGACUUCUCGGAAAGGCACUUCAUAGAUAAUUCCCUCCAGGCGGCAGCCGUUUUCACGGACUUUGUGAGGCGUCGCCGCAACCGAAAUGUGGAAAGAUGCAGUACGCCCAUGGGCUUCAAGCAGAUCAAGCACGAUCUACUGGACGAUCCUCCCGACUGGAGGCUCAAGAUGAUGCGCUUCGAGAAGGUCCACUUCCGGCGGGCCAUUCCUCUGAAGGUGCAGCUCCUGCGGCACUACGACCAUCGGUUCGCCUUUAUCGAUGUGGUCUUCGUGGCUCUGCGGAGAUCCAAUGACUUCCGGUCGACAGCAGAACUUAAGGAGAUGGCCGAGCUACUCAAGGACUAUGUGGAUCCCGCCCAUCUAAGGGUUCCACAUCCCCUGAUCUUUGCCGAGGUCUUCAUGCGCUUCCGGCGGGAUUACUCAGUGGAACCCACCAAAAUGGGCAAUGUGCGGGACAACAGUCGCUGCAUGGGCCAGUGGCUCAUCUCCACCUAUAAGGUGGUCCGCUUCGACAUCCUCAACCACCAUCCGCUUUUUGAGAUUCCCCAGUUCGAGGAGUGGAUGCCUCCGGUUAUGACCAGGAUGGGCCGCAGCCUGGAUUAGAAUGUGUUUACUUAAUCAUUUACUUGGAGAAGUAUCCUCGUGCUGUAAUAUUUAGGUAUAAAAUUGUAAAUUAUUAGGUCAACCCUUCAAAAACAAAACUGCAUAUUAAUUAAUAUGUAAUAAAGCCGUUGGAAAACUUA